AUGGAGAUUAAGCUUCGAGCUCAAAUCAUUGUGGGAUCUGAGAACAUGGAAAUGCAGAGCAGCUUUGAUGCUCAGAUUAAAGAGCACGCCAAUGCCAAUGUCAAGCUUCAAGUUUGUGAGCAGAUUGGCCAGCUCUCCACCAUUCCCCCAAAGCAAAGAACCCAAGAAGCUAUACAGGCCUACAUCAAACGCAAGCGACAGCUACCACACGAAGCAUUCAAGGGAGGUUUUAUUCUAGAGAAGAUUGCCAGACCCAUUUCAACAGGCCAGCUCAGUCUCAUCAAUACCAAUGUCAACGAUAACCCAUCUGUCACCUUCAACUACUUCAGCCAUCCCUAUGAUCUACAACGAUGCGUUGGUGGCAUUCGUAUAGUUGAGAAGCUUGUGAGAGCCAAACACUUCACAAACUUCACUCAGUGCAACAAACAAACUUUAGAGAAGCUGCUUAAUAUGAGUGUUGAGGCUAAUGUCAACCUCAUACCCAAACAUACUAAUGACACAGAGUCCUUGCAACAGUUUUGCAAAGACACUGUAACUACAAUUUGGCACUACCAUGGUGGGUGCCACAUAGGCAAGGUUGUGAGCGCUAACUACAAGGUUCUUGGUGUCCACAGGCUCCGUGUCAUCGAUGGCUCAACAUUUAGUAAGUCACCCGGUACUAAUCCUCAAGCUACUGUAAUGAUGUUGGGCAGGUACAUGGGAGUGAAGAUUUUGAGAGAGCGACUAGGAAGAUCAGCUGGUAUAUAGAAACCAUAGGGCCAAGUAGGAGCACAAAGUGGGGCAAUGUGUGUUGUGAUAGUGGAAAUGUAAUUUUCUUCUUUUAAUUCCUAGCAAGCCCCAAUUAAGCUGUUUAAU